UCUCGAACGAACGUCUCUUUCUUUUGGCGGCUAUAUCCUAUACUAUACUUUUGACCGUGUAUAUUCUACUAGUCAGUACCCCGUGCCGUGACCGUACCGCAGGUACUAGCGGUGUUGUUUGGAAGACACUGAUUCGUGAAACUUUUUUUUUCUAAAGCUUUUUCUUGUACAUACUUUGACUUUGGGUUUCUUUUGGCGUGUUCGACAGUGUUUUUUUUUUCUUGGUGAUACUUUGUUGGAUUUGAAAUACAGAGGAGUAACUUGGAUAUAGAUUUUUUUAUUUGAAGGAUGAUCACCUAAAAAUGACUUCAAUCCGUAAAGGAGAAGAUAGCGGUACGAAUUGCCGCGUUAAGCUCAAACAAGUACUGGCAAUUAUAAUACGUAAAGAAGGCUGUCAAGGAGAUCCUGGAGAUUUUUGGAUGUACGAGAAUGGAUAUCUUCUGUUUCAGGGUCUGCUCUCCUCAAAUUCAGUUUGCUGGUGGAACAACGCUCUAAACAACGCCACCAAAGGCCUCAUUUACUAUGGCUACGUGAACCCAGGAGCACUUUUAGUGGGCGCCGAACCUUGCGCCUUGGAAGUGCUCAGAAAUGCUUGGGCCAGGAGAGUACUGCAACCGCCUCCAGGAUACCAGAUCGUAGCAAUAGAGGAUAUUGAACAAUGCAACGCUGCACCGGUGUCCCAAACUCAAUGGACACCGUUACCUGAAGCCGUUUGUGCCGUAGUUUUAAGACUUUCUAGUCAAGGAAGACCCGCAGGAAUCGAAACGAUACGGGAAGCUUUAAUUUUGGCAUUUCCUCAUGUCUCGCCGCCCAGCGAACAAACCUUAUACGAUACUCUGGUGCAAUUGAGCAAAGAGAGGAAGCUUUAUAAUACUUCGAAUGGAUACUAUAUUGUUACUCCUGAGAGGAAACGAUCCAGAAGUCAGUCACGAACACGUGUAAGAAGAGAACAAGAUAAUGGCUAUGAAUAUUCCUCGUCUCCGAAUAAAUCUAUACUUAUGUCAACUGAAGAAGCUAUGGCUAUGGUUCAUGGAGACAUUACUACUCUUAGAGAUGGAAAUGUCACUCAUCAAUGUAUACAAACCAAUUUAGCUGACGUUAUAUGUGGAGGAAACGCCAGUGACAAAAUCCUUUAUCCAAGAACCAAAAGAAGGUCCUCAUCGUUUCCAGCUCAAAGAAGUCCUGAUCGAAGAGGUUCGUUUAGAUUGUGGAGUUCGAAUAGACGACUAAGACGUUCGGCUUCCACGAGAACUAUCCAUAAACAUUACGCGGAUACUAGUAGUAGCACGGAAUAUCCGAACAGUGGGGAUUCUACGCCAACUCCAAAAAAAGAAUCUCUCCUUUCCCGGAUAUUCCGUAGAUCCAAACGUUCUCAAUGUCAAAUAGGAACUUUUGGUGCCCAGUUUCCUCCUUCUGAGUGGUUCAACUCAAAAACCGUCCAUUUGCAUAGUAUUGGAACCCAAACUUCCUCUGAAAAGGAUUCCGGCAUUGAUAUUUCAGCUUACCUAGAAAGUUGCGAUAUAAGUUCCAAAUCGGCAACGUUGCCACGUCACCAUCACCAUCACAGACGUCAACUAUCCAGUGACGUCACUCUACCCACAACAUCACUAAGUGCUUCCAGAGAAAACUCUCCUAUAUCCAGAUUUAGCACGCUGCCAAGAAAACGUAGAGAGAUUUCCAGAAAAACUAGUAGGUCUAGCCUGGGAAAAACUGAAGUAAAAGUUGAGGAUGCCAAUAAGAAGCCUAAUAAUGAAGAAACUACAGGCACAAAUUCUCCAGUCAAGCAUUUGUUGAGUAUCGAUAAUAGUGGGCCAAGUAGUAUAGAAUCUCACAAGAGUUCAUUGACUAGUGGACCAUCGAGUUUGGAGAGCCACAAAACGGUUAUUCAAAAAAAUUCCCCAAAAAUCAAAAAGGAAAUUUCCAAAACGAAAAUUUCAGCUAAAACCAAUGACAUUCCAAAUAGUAAUUCGUUCACUUUGGAAGUUACUACCAAUCAAAAUGGUAGUGGAGACAGUAGCAAUGUUGCUACUGCUACAAUAAAUGCUAAAACGAAAAUUUUUGUGCAAAAUUCCCCUGUAAGGUCAGUGAUUACUUUUGAAAAUGGUAAUAGUAAUAAUAAUGGGGGAAAUGUUGUGGUGAUUAAUGGAGAUAAGUUAGAGGAGAAUGAUAGCAAAAAAGCCAAGGAUGAAAAUUUAGAAACGAUGAACAAUAGUAGAAAACUAUCCCUGCAAUCACCACAAAAAGACAAUUUCAAUUUCCAAAAUUUAAUCAAAAACCUCUCAUCGAGCACUCACAAUCAAUACAUUUCAAGCUCCAACCCAGAUUCUCCUAUUGCCAAUAAUUCCUUGAGGGAUUUUUCCAAAAACUCUGGUAGCAAUCCGCCUAGUCCAACUAAAACUAGUCACGAAUUGUUAGGGAAUUUUUUCAAAAACGAUAAUAAAGUCGUAGAGAAAAAUUUGAUAGGCUCUGAACCGAAUUUGGUGUUUUCUAGGGAAAAUACCAAACAGCCCAGCUUGAGCGAUUUGUCAUUUAAUUUCACCAGUUUAGCGGCGCAAAAAAUCCUCAAAGGGGUCAGUAUUAAUAGCCUAGAUACUCUGGUUGAAUUGAAUAUGGCCAAUAAUAUUGAAAAGCAGAAAAAUAAUUGUGCGGAAGUUGUUCACACGGAUUUUGGAUUGUUUUAGGAAAAAAAUAAUUUUUUUUAUGCAUCUUAUGUCAACUUUCCUUUAGGGAAAGUUUGCUUUUAGGGUGUCGUUUUAAUAACAAUUUUUAACACCUUUUUCUGAGAAUCAUUGUUUGUAAUAUUUUUGUAUAUUUAUUAUAAUUACUUAUAUAUGUAUAUUAUGAAAAAAAAAAUAGCCAUUGUGUACAGAUUAACAGAUACUUAUAUAAAUAUUUAAAACAGCAAAAUUUUGUAUCAUUAUUUUCAACUGGAACUUGGAGGCCUUGGAGCGUACUUUUUUGAAAUUUCUGGCUUUGUUCGUGUUAAAACUUGUAGUCAUCAUGGGGUUAUCAAUUUUCUAACCAAACGUCUUCCAAAUUAGACUAUCCAAAACACGUGAUUUUGACAAGCAAAAUAUGGCCGACAAGAGGCACACAAACAUUGACACAAACACAAACCAUAACGUCAUUAUGUUAUGUCAUUAAUAAUCAUAAUUCAAUACUUAUUUUCUAUUGUGUGCGUCCCAAUUUUUGCCAGUUUCUACCCAAUUACGGAAUCCUUAUUGUUUGGGCAAGGUUGCUCUACCUGCAUUUCACUUGGACACGCAGGAUCUUUGAUCCUUGAUGUGAAAAUAUUUAUUUAUUUUAACUCCACCGUACAGUGUUGUGUUUUGAUUUGUAUUGUUUUUUUCACUUAAAAUUUGAAAAAAUUUAAGAAUGUGCCGAUCUCCACAACUUCCACAUUUAAUGCUAUAACACGUUGUAGGCAUGUUUUUCGCGUUUUUGAGAACUAUUUACUACUAUUUACAUACACUAUUCGAAUACACUAUUUCUAAAAUUAAUGAAAAUAACAGUUUUAAGUAUCCAGAACGCAAAUAAUUCACAAUGAGCCCUAUUUUAAGCUCAUACAUUAUUUGUUGACAAAUUUGAUGACACAUAAAAAAAGGGUUUGUGUGCCUCUUGGCGGCCAUUUUAAUUCAAGUUUGACAGCAUCUUGGAUAGUCUAAUUGUUAGGAAACAUCAGUACCAGGACAUACCUGAAAGUACGUUUACCAGCAAGUCAAGUAUGAGUUCUGUCAUUGUAUUUUACUGUUUAAUUUAAUAAAAUCUUCUCAAAAACAAAUAUUGUUGUAUUUAAUCCGAACUACAACAAUUUGGCGCAGUCGGUAGGAUAAUGAACAUGGAUUAUAUGACAGAAGUUCUCACAACUUUCCUAAAGAAUUAAUAACAAUUUCUAAUCAAAAGUCAGCAAGAUUUUUUGGGUCAGUUUUCAUCAAAUUUCCAAAAUUUAACUCAAAAUCAAGCUAAAUCAAAUGUCCUGGAAGGAAACCCUGGGUGAUAGUAUCUCAGAAUUUCAUUAUGACGAGGAAACAGAGGGAGCACUUUUGAUGUAUGGUACAAAAGAUAUCAAAGUCUUUUCACAGAAGAUGCCAAAAAUAUUUC